AUCAUCCGAUCUGUCGUUAUCAAGCACGUGACCUGACACGGCCCAUCUCUAGAAGCAGCUACCCCGUGCAGCGGACAGCUACAUAACCUCAAUCCCGAGUUUGACAGUUCUCCUCAGUGUAAUACGUUUUGAUUUCUCAGUCGCAGAUGCAUAUCCAACGACUCGGCGCGAGAUAACCUGCAAUUAUGGCGGAGGAUAACGCUGCAGCGUCCAAAGCAAAAAUCGAACGCGCGGAGGUUAACAACGAGGACAAUGAGGUGGAUAUCAGUCGUUACUUCAACGACGCACCGCCGACGAUCUUCGACGAGAUCGUCGCGCCGAAGAAGCCCGACUACUUCAACGUGCAGUCAGCCUCAGUGAGUCGCGUUUCGGAUUACGCUUCCUUGUCCGACGGCACGUCGAGCGUGCCUUUUUUCAACUCGGACCCCCUGCGAACAUCCGUCAACUCGUUGCUGGAGCCCGCUGAGCGAGUCGCCGAGCAUAGCGCGUCGAACGACACACAUCGCGACGCCUGGAUUCCAUCGGAGCACACGCGGAAGAUCCUGCGGUCCAUCGCGACCACCGCCGCUGGCAGCAACCACCUGGAACGCGAGAACCUCACCAUGCCAGGUCUGGCGGUGCACGGCGACAUGCCCGACCCCAUCAAGAACGCGUCCAUCCACUUACUCGGCGAGGACGAGAACAUUCACAGGAACGUGCUCACCGCCUCCGACGUGACGCAGGACGAGCGUGGUCUGAGGAAUCUGAUCCAAGCUGGCUGCUACCGUGCAGCUGUCAAUCUGUCCGGCAGGUUAUUGGCAAUCUAUGCUCAAGGUUACGGCAAGAUCAACCAGCCCAGUAAGCACACUCCUCACUCCUUGCAGCUGUGGUACACGAGACUUUCGCUGUUGGCUAAGCUUAGGCAGUUGGAGGUGCUAGAGAACGAGUCGCGGCCGUUCGGCAAUCUAGACAAGCCCGAUAUGUACUUCAGGUUUUAUCCAGAAUUGUACGGCACCAGGUCAGGCUCAAUGGCGUCGUUCGCGUUCAGACUACUGUUAGCGGAGAUUCCAUCUUACUGCGGUAAGCCAAAGCAGGCGUUGGACAAUCUGUACAGGCUUCUCGCGACCGUCAGUCAGAUCGUGGCGAACCUUCAAAUGGGUCUACACGGUGAAGGCACGCGGACGAAGAUUAGCGAGUCCGAACAGCAGGAUGCCAUGCGACUAUGGGCUGCCAGGAAGUCCAGAAUCCUCAUCUCUGUUGUCAACUGUGCGAUAAGCAUGAAGAAUUACGUCCUCGCGAUAGAGAUCCUGGAAGACUUGUGCAGGUUACCUGACUGGAGCGCUGAGCAGGUGGGGAUCUUGAGGUCGGCAAUAGGAAGGGUGCAUCUGUUCCUCGGGGACGUCUCCGCGGCGGAGAGAUAUCUCGUCCGCGACGGGAAGGAAGAGAGGACGUCGAGUGUCCGGGAAUUGGUGGAUAGCGGACUGAUGGCGGUCGCGCAGAACGCCUUCCAAGAGGCCUACGGCUGCUUCCAGUCCGCCUCGGCGAUGGAUCCGUCCAAUGUGAUGCUGAUUAAUAACAUGGCCGUAUGCCUGCUCUACACCGGUCAGCUGAAGGCCGCUGUGCGACUGUACGAGAGUCUCGUCGGUAGGAAUCCGAUCAAGAGUCUGCAGGAGCCGAUCCUAUUGAACAUGUGUACGUCCUACGAGCUCCACACCACGCACUGCAAGCAGACCAAGCUGCACCUGCUGCGCCAGCUCAACAGAUACAAGGGCGACGCGGCGGAUAUUCUGUGUCUGAAAUUAGCAAUAUGAUGUUAGUACGGUGUACAGUUGUUACUGUUUCAAUGUUAGCGCGAUCUGGAAUGCCGGUUCCGUCAUUCCUGACUGUAAUAAGUUCUAGCUGAAAAUUUGCGCAAAGGUGGAUCUCGUCCACACCACUGCGCACAGACACACAGUACACAGACACAAACCGGAACAGUCGGAGCUUCGACAUCACCACGUUGAGUUAUUUAUUGCUUUUUCUUCUUUUUUUUUCUCUUUCCGUUCGAUGCGACCGCGCACGGACUUGAGUCGCGAAGCGUUCAGCCUCAGGGAAGGUGUAAUCGUUGUGAUAUAUUGAGAGAGAAUAAAAGUAUAAUGUUUAGUUAUACAAACGCCUGCGGAUUCUUUCUUUCAGAGCUCCGAACCCUCGUCACGUCACGUCACCGUCUCCUUCCCACAUCUAUUCUGCCCGGUAGUUCAUUUCGGAUUCAGGACGAUUUUCAAGGAUCGCACAUAUAUGAUACGAAAUACGAUAUAAGCGCAGCAGACAAGAAACACAACACUGGAACGUCAAAGUAAAAUAGCCUUUAUUACAUCGUGAAACGAGGACAAUUUAACGAACGUUCAACAAUUGCUAUAGUUUUCUCUCCCCCUCACACUCAUUCUCUCUCACUCUCUCUCGCUCUCGCCAUACACACGUGUCGUUGAACACGUAUGUGUUCAACCACGCGUUUUUCGUCUUUCUCUGCUUCUCGAUCUAUCUGCUCUUUUAUUACUUUUUCUUUUUAUUCGAAAGAAUACGAGUAGCGCGCCGUAGCGUACUCCGAAAAUAUAUAUAAUAAUCGG